GCUGCGGUCACACCAUUUGCGCAUAAUUUUAAAAUCGAACGGACAAUUUGAGACGCUGCUUUCGCUGUUCUCAUUGGAAUUAUUGCGAAAAUUAGUGUUCCCCCAGCGUCCUUCUGUAAAUAGUAGUUAAAAAUUAUCAGCAUUUGGUUCGGUGGACAGUGGAAACAAGGAUUUCCAGGAAUCGCACAUACACACACGCACGCAUACUAGUGCAAAGGCCUGGCGUCACUUUUUGGGCUGUACGCGCUAAAAGUUUAAUUAAUUGAUUUAAGUGAUCGAAAUGGACAUAUCUGGUGGGAAUACGUCGCGCCAGCCGCCAAAGAAGUCAAACCAAAACAUCCAGGUGUAUGUGCGCGUCAGGCCCCUUAACUCCCGUGAACGCUGCAUCCGAUCCGCCGAGGUCGUGGAUGUGGUGGCCCCCCGGGAAAUAGUCACUCGUCACACCCUGGACUCCAAGCUCACCAAGAAGUUCACCUUUGACCGCAGCUUCGGGCCCGAGUCCAAGCAGUGCGAUGUCUACUCCGUCGUGGUGUCUCCGCUGAUCGAAGAGGUCCUCAAUGGCUAUAACUGCACUGUGUUCGCCUACGGACAAACGGGAACGGGCAAAACCCACACCAUGGUGGGAAACGAGUGUGCCGAACUGAAAUCCUCCUGGGAAGAUGACUCUGACAUUGGCAUCAUACCGCGAGCUCUGAGUCAUCUUUUCGAUGAGCUGCGCAUGAUGGAGGUGGAGUACACGAUGCGCAUUUCCUACCUGGAGCUGUACAACGAGGAGCUGUGCGAUCUGCUGUCCACCGAUGACACCACCAAGAUACGCAUUUUCGAUGAUAGCACCAAGAAGGGAUCGGUUAUUAUCCAGGGACUGGAGGAGAUUCCCGUCCACAGCAAGGAUGAUGUGUACAAGUUGCUGGAGAAGGGAAAGGAGCGCCGCAAGACGGCCACUACACUGAUGAACGCCCAGUCCUCUCGAUCGCACACUGUGUUCUCCAUAGUGGUGCACAUCAGAGAGAAUGGCAUCGAAGGAGAGGACAUGCUGAAGAUCGGUAAGCUGAAUCUGGUCGAUCUGGCGGGCAGUGAAAAUGUUUCCAAGGCUGGAAACGAAAAGGGAAUUCGCGUGCGGGAGACAGUUAACAUUAAUCAGAGUCUCUUGACGCUCGGAAGAGUAAUUACCGCUUUGGUGGACCGUGCUCCUCACGUUCCCUACCGCGAAUCGAAGCUUACUAGGCUGCUCCAGGAAUCUCUGGGUGGCAGAACCAAGACCUCCAUCAUAGCCACCAUAUCACCGGGCCACAAGGACAUCGAGGAGACCCUAAGCACUUUAGAGUACGCCCAUCGAGCCAAGAACAUUCAAAACAAACCCGAAGUCAAUCAAAAACUAACCAAGAAGACGGUGCUCAAGGAAUAUACUGAGGAGAUCGACAAACUUAAAAGAGAUCUCAUGGCGGCCAGGGACAAGAACGGAAUCUAUUUGGCCGAGGAAACCUACGGCGAGAUAACCUUGAAGUUGGAAUCGCAAAACCGUGAACUUAACGAGAAGAUGUUGCUGCUCAAGGCCUUGAAGGAUGAACUCCAGAACAAGGAGAAGAUCUUCAGCGAGGUGAGCAUGAGUCUUGUGGAGAAAACACAGGAGCUGAAGAAGACCGAGGAGAACCUUAUGAACACGAAGGGUUCGCUGCUUCUGACCAAGAAAGUGCUAACCAAGACCAAGCGGCGCUACAAGGAGAAAAAAGAGCUGGUGGCCUCGCACAUGAAGACGGAGCAGGUGCUGACCACACAGGCGCAGGAAAUCCUGGCCGCUGCUGAUCUGGCCACCGAUGACACCCAUCAGCUACAUGGAACCAUCGAAAGAAGGCGUGAAAUGGACGAGAAGAUCCGCAGAUCCUGUGAUCAGUUUAAAGAUCGCAUGCAAGACAACUUGGAGAUGAUCGGUGGCAGUCUGAAUUUGUAUUUGGAGCAGCAGGCAGCUUCCAAGGAGCACUUAAGCCAGGAGAUGGUCAACUCCAGCAAUGUGAGCCAACGCCUAGCAACCAAUGCCAGCAAGAGCAUUGAAAUCCUUAAGGAAAGGUGCACCCAGUCGCUGGAGGAUCAGGCCCAGCUCCAGAAUAAGUUGAUGACUGAGGUCUUGAAGAUCAGCGAUCAGCACUGUCAAAAUUUUAUCGCCCAGCUGAUGACGCAGUUGCAGCAGCGACAGCUUUUGAUGAGCAACGAAAUCGAGUGUAAUCUGCAGGUGAUUGAGCAGAACAAUGAGCUACAUAAGCAGUUAUUGGACACCAUGCAGGAGAAGUUAUCCAACAUAAUUUCAACCAGUUCAGAGCUCGUAGAAGAGCAUGUACAGAAAGUGCACCACCAUCUUGAACAGCUCAGCGGGAUGAGUUUGCCGGAUGCGGAGGAACUGGAGCAACUGAAAGAGGAACUGUCCAACGAAAGGGCUCUGGCCCAGCAAGAGGAAACUCUCCUCGAGUCCAUGAUGAUGCAGAUGGAACAGAUCAAGAAUUUGCGUGCCAAAAAUAGCAUUAGCAUGUCCAUCCGCCUCAACAAGAUGGAGGAAAGCCGUCUAACCAGGAACCAUCGCAUCGAUGAUACCAAGUCUGUCGUCCAAAACUACCAAAAGCAGGGGAUUGAAGUGGCUGAAUUUACAAAAGGUGUGCUCAACUUCGUAACAGAAUCGGGAAUGGAGUGUCUGGACACAAGCGUUGCUAACUGCUCCAUGCUGCAGGUGCACAUGAAGAAUCUCAACCAGGAAUAUGCGAAGCAAACAGAAGAAAAUGUGAUUUCAAGUCGCCUUCACCACCAGCAGGUGGUUUCCAUCUGCCAGGAGAACAAAAAUCAGCUUGAAGCGCUGCAGGAGAAAAGCGAAGCUAAUCUGGAGCACAUUGUGGGCGAGAGGCAGAAGCUCAUCACUGAGGACAGGCAGCGGUUUAUAGGACAUUCCACUGUGGCCACCGAUCUAGUGCAGGAGUUGAACAAGCAGUCCACCGAGCAUGCUGCGCUCCAGCGGCAGCAGCUGCAGAUUUCCGAGCAGGAGCUUGUGCGCUUCCAGCAGACGGAGUUGAAAACAUAUGCGCCCACCGGGACCACUCCCUCGAAAAGGGACUUUGUCUAUCCACGGACCCUGGUGGCCACGUCGCCGCACCAGGAGAUCGUGAAGCGCUAUCGCCAGGAGCAGGACUGGUCGGAUCUCGACACCACAGCUACCAUAGACGAGGGCAGCGAAGGUGAACACGACGACUCACUGCAAUCCGUACAGGAGCUUUCCGAGACGGAAACCAUAAUGAACUCCACGCCCAUUGAGCCCGUGGAUGGGGUUACCAUAAAGCGCGGUUCUGGCACCACCCGAAACUCCAAUUCGAAUGCUCUGAAGCCACCCGUAACUACUGGUGGAAAACGCAGUAGCUCCCUGUCCCGCUCCCUUACGCCCAGUAAAUCUUCACCUCGGGGUUCCCCCGCCUUUGGCAGGCACAACAAAGAAAACUUGGCCUGAUUGAAUUCGAUGACAAUAGUACUCUACCCAGUAACCCGUUUAUGUUUGUUUGGCUCUUCUGGAUAUUCUUUUUAAUCUGUAUAUCAAUCUUUUGAAUUUCGUACAUUUAUUAUUAAAUAAACUUAGUAUGCUAUGUAAA